AUGUCUUCGCCAUCGUCUGCGAGUGCUGCUGGGAAGCGCAAACGCAGCUCUUCGCACCUACGCCCAGAACAUAUCCCCAAAUCGUCGACAACCGACCUACUCCAGCCAUCGUCGCGCGACGCGUCGGGCGAAGAAGGCGGCGACGAGUCGGCGUCGGCCAGCGAGCAGCUACUCAAAAACAAGACCGAGCACCAUAAUCAUCACCACCAUCAUCAUCAUAAUGAGCAACAAGAAUCGACUCCUCCAUCAGCAAAACGCGCGAGAACUACUGAAGAUCAAACAACAACAACAACAGCACAGUCGUCGAGCAAUGGUGUCGUCGAGGGUAAAGAGGAUCCCGGCGAGCCCUCGGAAACCACCGAGGACAGCGCGGAUAUAGAGACCCGGGCGUCGAAGCGAAAGACCAAGGACGGCUUUUUGCAGACGCAGCUGCGUGCUGGAUUGCAGGAUCCUGUGGGGGGCUAUCAUACCAAUCCGCCGCCGACCGGGCGCCCCGUGCGGGUGUACGCUGAUGGGGUUUUUGACCUGUUUCAUCUGGGACACAUGCGACAGCUCGAACAAGCAAAGAAAGCAUUCGACGAAGUGUACCUGAUCGUCGGCGUCACCGGAGACGAGGAAACACACCAGCGCAAAGGACUGACGGUGCUGUCUGGCGCCGAGCGCGCCGAGACACUACGACACUGCAAAUGGGUCGACGAAGUGAUCCCCGACUGUCCGUGGAUCGUCACGCCCGAGUUUCUCGCCGAGCACCAGAUUGACUAUGUCGCGCAUGACGAUCUGCCGUACCAGGCGGCCGAAGGCGAUGAUAUCUAUGCGGGGAUUAAAGAGCAGGGCAAGUUUCUUGUUACGCAGCGCACAGAGGGGGUGAGCACUACGGGGAUUAUCACAAAGGUGGUCCGGGAUUACGACAAAUACAUCGCCCGCCAGUUCAAGCGAGGAGCAUCCCGCCAAGAACUUAACGUGUCGUGGCUGAAAAAGAACGAGCUUGAAAUCAAACGACACGUCGGCGAGCUGCGCGAGAGCAUCCGCAGCAACUGGAACAUGACCGGCCAGGAACUGACGCGCGAGUUUCGCCAGUUCUGGGGCAACAGCAGGUCCAACAGCCCUGCGCGCAGCACGAAGAAUGGCGCUACCGCCGACAUGCACAGCCCACGGUCGAGUAUCUCCAAAAUCCAGUUUCCUGGGCGUCCGGAGAGCCCGGGGCCGGCAAGGGGGCACGAAGACUUUGCCACGGGCUACAGCCUGGGUCUCAUCGGGGGAGUUCGCUCUUGGAUGACUCGCACACGCUCUCACCAAUUGAUGAGCGGCCCAACGUCUCCCAUUGCCAGCGACGAUGAUCGAGACGGAGCCUCGUUUCUCGAAAGCGGCGACGAACGACGUCGACCCAGCAUGUUGCGUGGAGAGUCGUACUAA